AUGGCUCUGCGCUUCCGCCCGCCUGGCCGGGCCGAGCCACAGAACGCGCUGCAUGAGACCCUGCAAGACAUGCCAUGGUCCAACUCCAGUAUUGACACGUACCUUCGGAGCCGUGGCUUCGACAGAGAACUCCAUGAAGGCCGCUGGCCGCAGCUUGAGAUUGUGGUGCACCACCACGAGGAGGAGUUUGGUCAUACAUGGUACAGGUUGGACUGUGCCAUCAGCUUCCCAGGCGCUGAGCGGUAUGUGUGGCAUACCAGCAAGCGGCUCGUGCACUUCCGGGAGCGCCUGCAUGACCGUGUCAAGGAGGAGCUGAGCCCCGAGGACUACGCCCGGCACUUCGCAGCCGCGCCCUUUGCGCGGGCCGGAGGUUUGCUGGGCACCACCAAGCGACUGGAUGCCUGGUGCGUUCAGCUUGCAAGGAGCGCUAGCGAGGACGAGCUUCCACGGCAGCUGCUGGUGCUAGUGCUUUGCUUCAUCGACGCCCCGCGAUAUAUUGCCGGCGCGCUACCCUUCUGCAUGGAUCGGUCUCUGGAGCGCCUUGCGCACCGCAUCGAGGACAAGGAGUGGUUUGUCCGCUACACAGCUGUGCAGGCUGUGGCGCAGAUAGCAGACACCGGAGAUCCCCGAGUCACAUCAGCACUGAUCGACAUGCUGGCGGACAAGGAGGCACACGUGCGCAGCGCUGCGGUGGAGUCCUUGUCCGAGGUCGCCUUCAAGUACGACCGGGCCGUGCACAAGACACUGGGCUCCUGCUUGGAGGAUGCAAACCCCUUGCUUCGGGAGGCAGCUGCACAGGCUCUGGCGCUGGUGACAGACUGCGGGGACGAGUACGUUUGCCUUCUGCUGGAGGCGCACCUGGAUGAUCCCGACUUUGCGGUGAAGCGUGCUGUGCGGGAGCCAGGGGAGCCGUGA